GCGGACCUCUCCUGACACUUGCGAACAAUAACAAAUGUGGCCAAUAAAGUUCCGCCCAUUCCAUCCUUUCCCAAUAGACGCUCCGUUCUUCGUUGACGUUUAUACCUCUGUUGGCCAAUUAAAAGACCGUUAAACGCGUAGAACCGGCAUCUCUUUCCCCGUGCUUUGGUGGUUGGCUCAUGAUGAGAGCGGCGUUUGGGAUUGGUUUAGACUAAAGCGCCACUCAGUGGAGAAGUCUCAGCAUCAUGUCUGGGAAUUUUUCCCCCGCAGAGGCCGAUGUCUCUCGUUCGCGUCUCGGGUUUCGAUCCAGCUGCAGAAUGGUUCUUAAUUUAUUCCGGGACGCCGAGAUUUCCUUACCCUUCACUCCGGAGCCGCCACAUACGCCAAUCGCGAACCUGGCUCAGGGUUUCCGAAACCUCAGCACAUUCGCAGGGGAUACACCAAGACGCUGCCUUGAUCUGUCCAACCUCAGUAAUGGGGAGGAGGAAGUUGUCUUCAAUUUCAGCCAGUCCCCAGGAACAUUGGAAACUGGUCAGAAGGGCUCGAAAGAAGCUCAGGAUAGGCUCAGAGGCUCAAGAAGGCAGUAUGCACAGUUGCUCCAGUCCCAGGUGCUGUGCAGCACACCAGGCACCCCAAGUUCCAUCUGCCAAGUUCGCAGGGAGAUCAGCAGCCCUUCCAUGAACAAAGAGAAUGAGGGUAGCCUGUUUAAACACCCAAGGCGGCACAUGCCUAGGUCCCACCUCUUCCGGAAGAGACCACCAGACCCACCACUGACCUGCUAUACCAUAGUGCUGGAAGCGGGGGGUCUAGAGGAGUAUGAGAUGAAAGAUCUUGGCAGCCCAAUUGCUGCAACCACAACACAAAGAAUGCCAGAGGCUGUGGGUGACUUUCCAGAACUCUGUCUUGAUGAGCAGGAAGAGACUGAGAAGCCCCUUGCUGGGCACCUCUCCAGCAUGGCUACCUUGUUGUCUGGACCCCUCCUUACUCAGGACAUCAAUGUCAGUGAGGCCUCCAUGAACAAGAGCCGGCUCUUCCGAUCCCCAUCAAUGCCGGAGAAAUUGAACAGGCCUGUGCUAAGGAGGGCUGUAAAGGCCCAAGAUGAUGAAACUCAAGUGAAAUCGAAACGUAUCCCAAUCCAGGAGGAGCCAGAUAGGGUCACAUUUUUGAAGAAGACGGCCUCACUUUCUGACAUGGCGAUUGUCAGAGCCCUUGAUGAAGAUCAUGGCCUCAGGCAGCUGAUUGGAGACUUUUCCAGUGUGUAUGCACUACCCACAGUAACAGGAAGGCAUCAGGACCUAAGAUACAUCACUUCGGAGACGGUGGCUGCUUUGCUCCAUGAUCAGUUCCAGAGCCUUGUAGAGAAGUUCUACAUCAUUGACUGUCGCUACCCCUAUGAGUAUCGUGGUGGGCAUAUCAAGGGGGCUUUGAAUAUCCACAAGCAAGAGGAUCUCUCUGAAUUCUUCCUGAAGAAGCCUCUUCUCCCAUCUACACUGCAGAAGCGCCUCAUCCUUGUGUUCCACUGUGAAUUUUCUUCUGAAAGGGGCCCCAAGAUGUGUCGCUAUCUGAGGGAAGAAGACCGAACCAUGAAUGAGUAUCCUGCACUGCACUACCCUGAACUAUAUGUCCUUCAGGGUGGCUACAAGGACUUCUUCCUAGAAUACAAGGAGCUGUGUGAGCCCCAGAGCUACUGCCCCAUGCGCCACCAGGACUUCAAGGCUGAGAUGCUCAAGUUCCGCAGCAAAAGCAAAGCAUGGGCAGGAGAACGGAGGAAGAGGGGGCAAAUAGCUCGUUUCAUGAAGCUGUGAAGUAGUAGCCAAGAGGGCUGCUCCAAGGGGACUCUUCCCCAACCAAGGGAAAGCUUGAGGUCUCUAAUAGCUUAUGCUGCACAAAGGCUAGGAAGGUGAGGAUGCCAGGGCCAGGUGGACCUGGCCAUGGUGAUAUUGGAGAGCUCAGAAAUGUUAAGGUGUACUUUGCUUCCACAAGCUUCAUUUGGAUAAGAAUGUGCCAGAGUGUGAAGCUUCUUAGCGAAAGAAACCCAAGGGAACCGACAAUGCUGUCUCUGGAAAAACAGGGUUUUGUUCAGAGGGGUUGGCCAGCAUCCAAGCCUGUGUUCUAGAUGCUGUCCAAAGGUAGCAGGCCAGGUUAGUUUGUAGCCUACUUUAAGCCUAGCUGCCAGCUGAAGACUUUAUUGUUUUAGGUUUUGUACCUGAAUGUCUGGUUUUAAUGGGAAAAUAAACUGUUCUGGAAAAUA